ACUGGCCAACCCAACCCCAACCCCAAGUACACCACUCUCCAACCUUUCAGCUCGUCGCCGUCGUCAGAGCUCCGCCCGGCCGGCUAACCACCGCGCGAUCGAUGUGCACAACCACGUCGGUGCCGGAGGUGGCUCUGGCGGCAGCCGGCGGGAAGGAGCAGCGCCACGUCUACGUGUCGCUGCCCCAGCGCGGUGACGUGGCCGGGCAUUGUCGACACGGCGUCGUCCGGGGUAAGUGCUGUCGUGGUGGCGGUGACGGCGACGACGACGACGGUGGAGGCGGCGUGCUGCUCAUGCCGGCGGCGGGCGAGGCCGUGCGCGAGGCGGUGGCGCUGUGCCGGCUGGCGUGCCCGAUCGCGCUGACGGCGCUGCUGCUCUACUCCCGGUCGGCGCUGUCGAUGCUGUUCCUCGGCUCCCUCGGCGACCUCCCGCUGGCGGCCGGCUCGCUCGCCGUGGCGUUCGCCAACAUCACCGGCUACUCGGUGCUCUCCGGCUUGUCGCUCGGCAUGGACCCGCUCUGCUCGCAGGCGUUCGGCGCCGGCCAGCCGCGCCUGCUCGGCCUCACCCUCUACCGCUGCGUCCUCUUCCUGCUCUGCUGCUCGCUGCCGCUCUCGGCGCUCUGGCUCAACAUGGCCAAGAUCCUCGUCUUCCUCGGCCAGGACCGCGAGAUCACCCACCUCGCGCAGGAGUACCUCCUCUUCUCGCUCCCGGACCUCUUCUCCUUCUCCCUCAUCCACCCGCUCCGGGUGUACCUCCGCUCGCAGGGGAUCACGCAGCCGCUCGCCGUCGCCGCGGCCGCCGCCGUGACGUUCCACGUGCCGGCGAACUACGUGCUCGUGGGGCGUCUCCGGCUGGGCGCCCCAGGCGUGGCGGCCGCGGCGUCCGCGUCCAACUUCGUUCUCCUCGGCGUCCUGCUGGCGUACGUGAGCCGGCGAGACGCGGCCCUGAAAGAGGCCGGGGGACCCACGGCGGAGUGGCUCGCCGGCUGGGGCCCGCUCGCGCGGCUCGCCGCGCCCAGCUGCGUGUCGGUGUGCCUGGAGUGGUGGUGGUACGAGGUGAUGAUCCUGCUGUGCGGCCUCCUGCCGGAGCCGAAGCCGGCGGUGGCGUCGAUGGGGGUGCUCAUGCAGACGACGGCGCUGGUGUACGUGUUCCCGUCGUCGCUGGGGUUCGGCGUGUCGACGCGGGUGGGGAACGAGCUGGGCGCGAACCGCCCCGGCCGCGCGCGCACCGCGGCGCACGUGGCCGUCGCGGGGGCCGCCGCGAUGGGGCUGGCCGCCAUGUCGUUCGCGGCGGGGAUGCGCCACGCGUGGGGGCGGAUCUUCACCGCCGACGCCGACAUCCUCCGCCUCACCGCCGCGGCGCUCCCCGUCGUGGGGCUCUGCGAGCUCGGCAACUGCCCGCAGACCGUCGGCUGCGGCGUGCUCCGGGGGAGCGCGAGGCCCGCGCGCGCGGCGCACGUCAACCUCGGCGCGUUCUACCUGGUGGGCAUGCCCGUGGCGGUGGUGGUCGCCUUCGGCCUCGGCGUCGGGUUCGUCGGCCUGUGGGUGGGUCUCCUCGCCGCCCAGGUGUGCUGCGCGGGCCUCAUGCUCUGCGUCGUCGGCUCCACCGACUGGGAGGCGCAGGCGCGCCGCGCCCAGGCGCUGACCUCGUCGGCCGACGUCGAGGUGGCCGCGGCGGAGGGAGCCGGGGGCUGGCCGGGGAAAGGGGAGCAGCAGCAGGGGAAGACCCUGGCCUGCUUUGAGAUUGGUGAAACGACACGUAACCAACCGUCCUGAUUUUUCGAUUAAUUUGACUACGCUACGCUGCUAAUACUCCAUCCCCCUCUCUCUCUCUCUCUCUCUUUCUCGUGUCCUGUGUAUUAUUCAUGUUAUUAUUAUUAAUUCAGCUCCAACUCUACAAAAUUAACGGCAAAUGUAUUCUCAUUUUAAGCAACACACUGGUUGUAAUUGUUUUUUUUCCCGAAUAGGUAAUGGAUACAUAAAUGUUUCGGAACUCAGAACUGAGAUGCUGAGCACUAAUGAAGAACCGUGCUUAUCUUUUGCUGUGUCAUGUAUGCGAUGUUUGAA